AUGACGUCCGCGCGGUCGUCGGUACCCGACCGCGUGAGUUACGUCGAAGCGCACAAUCGCUUCGUGGCGCUGGACAACGGCGCUACGACAGCGACCGACGCGAACCCGACCGCGUUUCAGGUCCGCCUGGCGCAGUCGUUGCAGUACAUGAAGAAGUGCCUCGAGCAGCGCCAACAGGACAGCGUCUUGUCGGCGAACGAGCGGUUCUUUGAGUUGCACAACGCGCAACUUUACGCCCUGUGCCUCGAGUACUACCUGGGCACGCUCGUGCCCCAGCAGGUAAUGUUGCAGCAACAUUCGGUCGCGCAACAGAAGCCCGCCACCGACCACGCGCGCACCGUUGCGACCCGCCUCGCGCUUCUGAGCGAAGCCGACGCGUUUCUGACCGAGUUCCUCGACCGCGCCGAGCGCUGUGGGCUCUUGAGCGCCGCGAAGCGCCGCGAGCAGUACGAGCGACUGGAGGCGAAGCGCUUUGCGCGGCCGCGCGAGGAAAAGAUUCAGCUGUUUCAGUUGCAGCGCGAGAUGACACUUAAGUUGCAGCAAGUGCAGAAGCGACGCGCAGAGCGACAGCGCACCGGACUCGGCGAGCAGAAACAAACUGAAGCAGCAGAAGAAGACGGAGAAGAAGAAGAAGAAGCAGCAGCAGAAGACGACGAGUUGGAGCGCGAGCAGCUCUUGACGUUUUUGGAGUUGGCUGUGGUCAAGUGUCUGGACGAGCAGACGGCUGUGAAUCAGGAGAAGGACAUGCUCGAGACUAUGGUCAGGAUGAACGCAGCUACGGACACACAGGACUUGUUCUCGGACGUGCAUCGGCCGACUGCGCCUCUCCAGGGACAAGGCAUUGAGGUGACUCGUAUCAAUCCACAGAUGGAGAUGCAGCGUGAGACCAUCCGAUCGGGAGUGUUCCAACCUGGUCACCGUCUACCGACGAUGUCAUUGGCAGAGUAUGCGGAUCGCGAGGUGGCGGAUGCCACGGAACGCCAGAAAAACGCGCAGGAGGCACCGCAGGGACCGCGUCGGUAUGAACAGCUCGUGGAAGACGGGGACGAGGAUGAUGAGGCACUAGUGGAAGAGGCUGUGUACAAAGACCGUGCUUGGGAUGACUGGAAAGACGCGAAUGAAAAAGGUAUUGGCAAUAAGAAGGGCUCACAGUUUUAG